GUCCAAUACAUUUAACACAUUUGCAGACAGAUAGUAAGGCGCCAGCUUGUGGUUGCCUAUCUGGGAGAGCGAGAAUGCCCACCCCCGAACGGAGGACUGACCGACCUCCGUCGCGUCGCAACCAUCACAACGACCACCAAUAUUCGCCCUUCCAUCUUGCAUACCGCGACUCGGACCUAGAUGACUACAACGCGUCGAAAAUCCCCAGCCCCCCUCAGAACUACGGCAGCACCGCCCGACAGCGCGACAAUUUUACCAAAACGCGGAGCUUGCGAGGUGCGUUUCGAGUCGCCGGGGACCGUUAUUCGACCAUGGCAGAGGAGGACGCGCGCACGUUCGGAACCCCGAAUCGGUACAGACGGCAGAGUGUGAAUCUUCUGUCUCCAGAAUCUAAUCCGCCGAAUGAACUCGCCGAGGCAUAUAGGCAGAUCAGCGAUGCUGGGGACUUGGUGGACGAGGCGCCCGAUAACGAUUUCCUGCCUGAACUGCGCGGCAGUCGAAGCAUGCGGUCGUCGUCGGGGUCUCUAACGAGAGACAAUGCCUUGUUUUUGAAUGACGCGGAUGCGGGGUUUUUAGAUGACGGCAUGGACGAGUCACCGCGCCGGAGAUCUACCGACCAUAGCGAAGACAAGCAGCGGUUAAGACGCGCCACAUCCAAUCAGUCGCCGGUACUGAACAGAAACGGGAUCGCAUCCGCUUUGACGUCGGAGAAUCUGCUACGACGCGAAGAGGAGGACCAGGCCGCGUUGAAGAUGGAGGAGGGACUCGAAGAAGACUACGGCGGUGUCAAACCUUCGUUGAACCUUCCGUCCAACUGGGGAACCAGGGGACGACACCGUUCCGACUGGCUCCGCAAUAUCACCAAGCGCAGCAAUUCUGAAUCCGCACCGGCCGCAGAACCUAGAGCCACCUCACCACCCAAGUUCAACCUCGAAGCGGAGAGUACGAGCCCCCCGGCACCCCCACGAGCGGCGAUCAGAGACGCUUUACGAGAACCGUCGUCAAACCGAUACAACCGACUUCCCUCUUCGGACCUACACAAUAAGGCGUCUGCGGGCCAGGAAGAGAACCGAGAAGGAGACCCUAUCCCCAACACCCCGAUCAUGGUGUAUAAGAACUCGACUUUCACCAAACGGAGUCCAACCAAACGAGACUCGCAGGAUCUUUUGCGCAAACUUUCCAGAAACGAGAGCCCCGGUCAAAUACGUAACGAGUUCCUCACCCCGGAGGCUCAAAAGAUUCAAGCCCCCGAGCGACGCAUCUACGAUAAGACACCGGUGGUAACGGGCGCUUGGAUAGAUACCCCGGUGACGGAGCGACAGUCGGCCCCUCUCCCUGAUCAUCUGUCGAAGGGUAUUGUACCAUCACCAGUCCCUAGCAGGGCAGAACCAGCUCGCCAGCCAACGCCCCCCGUUAACCAAAUGCCGAGUUCUACCCGAUCGCCGCUGAAGAAGGACCGGGAAAUGAGAGUAGAGGAAAGAAGACAGGAACAAAAGCCGCUGAAUGAGAGACCGAAGGAUGAGGGUCAGAAGGAAAAGGUGGCGAAGCAACCUUUGAUCAAACCUGACCUUCCUAAGAGUGCGCUUGAAACGGUCAUGCAGGACUUCAAAGCGGACAAGGAUUCACUGGAUGUAGGAGAUGAUACGAUCGAGUCUCUCCAGGAGAUGCUCAACGACAAACCCAGCGGCCUGAAAGAGGAGGAAGACGACGCGGCAUACCAGAAGGCGGUCCUGGCGAAACUGGAGCGUCCCAGUCCCAGCUCCAACGACCAGGGAACCGAUCUUGACCGCCUGAACGAUAAACUGCAAUCGCUGGCCGACAGCCUCAUGGAAGUGAGGACAGGGCUCAACAGUAUCGAAAAACAGGUGUCCCGCGACGCCGACACCAUUUGCUCUCUUCCUCCGUCCCCCACUGACAGCGGGACUAGCACUACGUACGUCUCGCAUCUGUCUCGGUGGCUGCCACGUCUCUGGACACGAGGCCCGGGAGCACGGCGCAUCCGACCCACGCUGCUGGGGUGGGGUAUCAUCUUCGCCUUUGUGUGGUUCUUCUCGGAAUCGACCCUGUGCGACUACUACUGCCAUCCACUGGUGUCGGACAUCUGCGAAGGCAACUGCCUAGACCCGGACGCUCCACAGUUCCCCUACGUGAUCCCGACAAUGCUCUGGCGCUGGUCGCAUUUGUCCUCGUUGCUAGCCCCAAUCGGCACAAUCCUGGUAGCCUUCUACCGGCUCGUGACACAACUCCUGGGGUUCUCGGAUGGCUAUGUUCAGGACAUACCAGCUCCUUAUGUUAACGCCUCAGGGGAGAUCUUCAUCCACGGUCGGCGACUGGACACGUUGCCGACGGACGUCACGAAAUCCGGUGGCUUUUUCGCAGCGAUUCCCAAACCGUGGCGAGAAGCCCAGCAACCUACAGAGACGGUUCCCAAUUUGGACCUGGGACAGGGGAUGCAUGGAAGCUAUGGAGAGGAGACGGUCGAUGAUGGAUCGAUGGAAGAUGAUGAGUAUAUCUGAAUUUGCUUUUGCUAUUAUCUAUGUUCUCUCCUGGAUUUUGUCUAUUUAAGCGGGCUGGCGUCCGGACGGCUGCGGAGUGGGUUAUCUAAGGCGUGGUAAUUUGCUGAAUCUGCGAGCACAUUGGACUUGAGACAUGCAUAUGAGAUGCUGUCACUCAAUGAAGAAUAUGGA